CUUUCUUGUAAACCACCAUCAUCUCGCAAGCGCAAGUCCCCCGCGGCUUUCAUGCCCUGACUUCUCGUGAUGGGGUCACGAUACAACUGGCUGGAGAAGGUCGCCAAAAAUGCAGAUUCUGUGUCGUGGGCACAGGAUAUGUCCGUGCGAUCCAGCACAUACGACGCCGCAUCUUACAGCUUGCAGAAGCGGCGUGCACAUCUUAAGGCGGCGUUCGAAGCAUAUAUUGCACAAGAAUAUCAGGUCUCGGCUGAUGACUCCUGGAGACUACAAGACAUUGGUGGUAAGUUGGUUAGGGAGCCCGGGACCACCCAUGAUGUCGUGGCAUGUGAGACUUAUUCAAGUUGUUGGUAUACUAACCUAGACCACAUCGAGAACUUUCUUUCACUUCGCGCGCGAUUCGUUGAUCCAGCAGCUCUCCGCCAGGAACAGGGACAAACAAAUGUGACCUAUUCCACCCUUUCACAGUGGAAAGACGUCAUGGUGCACUCGGUGUAUCGGAAUCAUCCUGAAGGGGCUAAACUUCUCUCCGAAGGUCUGUAUGCACGCCUCUACCAGCAUAUCGCAUUUCUCCAGACAGAACUAAACCUGCAGCGACACCGACCCGUUCAAGAAGGGUUCGGUAGACUAGAGAUGCGUCUCGUCACUGAGAGACUCUAUGCGACGGCGAAGGAUCCUCUAUUGGCGAACCAGCUUGAUGUAGCGUGGAAACUCUGCUUUCUCACUGGCUGUCGUGCUGGUUCGAUUGGACAUUCCAAUCCGAAAUACAAGGCAGCUGGUCAAUACAUGAAAAUCGGGGAUAUCAUUCGACUCACAAGGCAGGGCUAUAUGCAAUGGCAGAUCGAGCUACACAUCAACAACUUGAAGGGCCAUAAUUCCGGCGAGGGGAAAACGAUUGUGUUCAUCUUUCGGCCGGUUAAAUCUCCGCUCAACAUUGUUUUCGAUAUCGGCUUGCUCAUCGUCAUCAAUCUCUUUCUCCGCGGCAUGCUCUACCAUUCAACCUGGCAAGACGUCUGCAACGACGAGGCAUUUGAGCUGCGGGUUCGGCCAGAAUUCAAGGACCACGCACUAAUCUGCAAGGGAAUGCCUGGAGGCAGAGGGGUCCACGAAAGCGAGCCGAUGAGGUCGUCUUCCCUGCAGAAAUGCUUCAAAAAGGUUGCUCAGGAAUGUGGCUUCUUAAAUCCCAAACUCUACAAUUUACGACGGGAUUUUGCGGAAGACAUGCUUGAGGAGUUCGGUGCUGAGGUCGCUCGGGAGGGUAUGGGCCACGAGGAAAAUCCUACCUUGCGCAGGCACUACGUCCAGAGUGUCGCCGGCAAAGAUGUUGUCGGUCUCCGGACCGGUGAGGCCCUGGUCUCUCGCAAGGAGCUCACUUGGAUCAGGCAGCCUGCACUGCAUGAGAAUGUGAGACUCAUGGCGCCCGCGGAACUCAGCCACUUGGGUGCCAAUGGAGUCCCAAGUUCCGUUGCCCGCACAACUGGGCCGAUACUCCCGGUAAAAGAUACUGCAGUUGAGACGAGCGUGUUCAUCCCACCAACGUUUACAGAAGCCGAGCUUGAGGCUGACGACGAGUAUCAGAGAUUCUUUGCGCAUCCUGAUAGGUCCAAGCGAGUCCAAGAGGUUGACGAAUUGAAAGCAACACUGGAGUCGGCCAUUGGGGGUUCGCUGCUGCGAGGUAGCAAAGAAGACAAAGUGGAUGAUUGCAUCGCUGCGCACUCAGACAGGGUCACUCUCACCGAGAAGUGGGAGAGGUAUAAAAAGGCCGCAAACACACUCUCGACCACUCGUUCCCGAAAACGGAAGCAGAUCUUGGACAAGCGUGUCAAAGCUGCAAAGCUAGAGUGGGAGAAGGUGCACCCUGCAUCAGUGACGACUCUGGAACAAACCUCAGCUGGUCAGACCACAGCCGAAAGGCUAGCGAAGGCAAAUUUGCUUGAGCAGGGGUCUCCUCUGCUUCGCGUUGCCCUGACAUAUGCACCCACGAGCAACAUCAGUUCUGGAGUUCCCACUGUCACGGCGGUCCCUGUGGCAUCCGUCACGGAUACGAUCUCCACUGAGCCUGUGAUGAACGAGCUCGACACCGCGGCUGAUCCAAGCUCGAGCGAAACAGACUCAACACCCGGAACUUUCGAAGAGCUCGACACCGGUGAUUUGGAUCUCGUGCCCCUCGAUGUCAUGGCAGCUUCGUAUGCGCAAAUGGUCAUGAGCGUACAUCGGGUGAAAGCAUCUCGUGAAUGCAUCGACUGCCACCAUGACCCUACAACCAAGGCGGACAUGAUGGGCAAGACCUUCCUACCUCAUGAAAUGGCUGAUCACCAGAGGGUAUAUCACACGACAAGAAAUCAAGUGUUCCGAUUCUGGGAGGAGGGUGAGAGUUGGACGAGUGCAAGAGUGAGGAAGCGAUGGCCUAGUGGAGGCUGCUUCUUGUGCUACGCCGAUGGCAAGGCGUACCGAAAAUACACCAAGUCGGGAUUGACCGGCCACCUGUAUCACACAUCAUACCAUGCCGAAGAUCCGCGAGUCGCUGCAGCUCUCAGCAUGAACGCUUGGAAGAAGAAGAAAUACGGCACAGCAUACCAAAAGCGCCUGCUGAAGAAGAACGCUCGCGCGUCCAUGAAGACCCUCAUGAAGGUCGCACCCGAUCCUGCCUCCCUUUUCCUCGGUAUCUCUCUCCCAGCUCUUCGGAACGAAGAAGAAUUUCUUGCUGCUUGCGCCAGCGUUCAUGUGGGCCAUUUCAUUGCUGCUUCGCCACCUCUCCCAGUGCCUCUGGCUGCGCUGCCAUUCUAGGUUCAUUCUCUUCAAAGGCAGAUAAUGGCAAAGUUUUGUAAUACACUGUCUCGUACUAGGGUUCCGCACAACCACCCAAUUACAUGCAUGG